AUCUUGAGCCCCCACAGUUACCAUGACAGUCACGAACACCACCCCAACUGCCAACGACUCUCACUAUGACGCGGUCAUCAUUGGUGCCGGCUUCGCGGGCUUGUACCAGCUGUACAUGUUGCGUGAUCGGCUCGGCCUCAAUGUGCACCUCUUUGAGAAGGGUCACGGCGUUGGAGGUACAUGGUACUGGAACAAGUAUCCCGGCGCGAUGAGCGACACCGAGAGCCCCUUCUAUCGGUACUCGUUUGACGAGAAGCUGCUUGCGGAUUGGGAGUGGCAGCGCAAGUACAUCGACCAGCCGGACAUUCUGGCCUACCUCGAGGAGACGGUGCGGCGGUUCGACCUGGCGCGCGACAUUGAGCUCAGCACCGAAGUCGUGGGCAUGGCGUGGUCCGACCAUGCUGGGCGGUGGACUGUCCGCACGGCAGACGGACGCACAGUAACAGCAACGUACGUCGUGACGGCGCUAGGCCUCCUGAGCACCACAAACUGGCCCGCGAUUCCGGGUUUGGCGGAUUUCAAGGGCCGGCUCGUCCACACGGCUGAGUAUCCAGCCGACCUCGACAUCAAGGGCAAGCGAGUCGGCAUCAUCGGGACUGGCUCAACUGGAUGCCAGUUUAUCGUGGCGUCUGCGCCGAUGGUAGACAAGCUUACGGUCUUCCAGCGCUCGCCGCAGUACUCUGUGCCGAGCGGGAACGGGAGUGUCGAUGACGGCGAGGUCGAGGGGUACAAAGCGAAGUGGGGAGAGAUCUGGCCGCAGGUCCGCUCCUCGGCCGUCGCCUUUGGAUUCGAGGAGAGCAAGGUGCCGGCCAUGUCCGUCUCAGCCGAAGAGCGAGAGCGCGUGUUCCAACAAGCGUGGGAUCGCGGUAACGGAUUCUAUUACAUGUUUGGCACCUUCAGUGACAUUGCGACUGAUCCUGAGGCGAACGAGGCCGCAGCUGCGUUCAUCCGCAAGAAGAUCAAGGAGGCGGUGAAGGAUCCAAAGACGGCGGAGCGGCUCACACCGCGCACGCCGUACGCCAAACGCCCGCUGUGCAACCAUGAGUACUACGAGGUGUACAACCGCGAGAAUGUGGAGCUCGUGAGCAUCCGCGAGGGUGAUACACCGAUCGAGCGCAUCACAACGCGCGGCGUCAUCACCACCGACGGGCGCGAGCAUGAGCUCGAUGUGCUUGUGCUCGCCACCGGCUUUGACGCUGUCGACGGCAACUACCGCAAGCUGGACCUGAGAGGACGCGAGCACAUCAACGCGCACUGGAACCCAGCGCCGACGUCAUACAUGGGCCUCAUGACUGCGGGCUUUCCCAACAUGUUCAUGGUGGUUGGGCCAAACGGGCCAUUCGUCAACAUCGUUGCGGCGAUUGAAACGCAGGUGGAGUUUAUCACGCGUCUUGUGCAGGCUUCAGAGACACGUGGGGGCGUCGUCGAGGCCACUCAGGAGGCUGAGGACGCGUGGACCGAGACGUGCAAGGCUAUCGCCGGCGCUACGCUUUUCGCCAAAGAACAGAGCUGGAUCUUUGGUGCCAACAUUCCUGGGAAGCAACACUCGGUGCUGUUUUACCUCGGCGGCCUCAAGAACUACCGUGACUGCCUCGAAGCGUCGGUGCGGAAGGAGUGGGACGGCUUUGUCUUCCCCCGCCAAGUCGCCGCCGUGCGCAGCCGAGCUGAGGCUGCGCAGGCCGAGAGCAAGGCUCAGGAGGUGGAGCACAUCGAGCUGUCAACUGCGCGCGCUGCUUGAGCGCAUGAAUAUGAGAGAUCGGGGUGAACGGUCGGUUGUAUGUAAUCUUGUG